AUGACUAAAUUCGAUGCUAAAACAAAGCAAAGAAUCGCUGAAGCUAUAGCUUUCAGAAAAUCCAAUCCUUAUGUCAAACCGAGCACAAUUGCUGCUAAAUUCAUCGUUCUUCUUCGUCAAUUCAACGCGAGAUGUGACGACACGCCAAGUCUCCUGGACGCACCUUACAUGCGCCAAGCUACUUCCCUCCUUUUUUCCUUCGUAUUCUUCGUAUUCUCUUAUUCUCCGCUUUUGACUUAUGAACUAUGCAACUUUCGCUUUGCAAGCAAAAUCCUUCGUACACCUCUUAAAGCUGCUUUAGCAGCUCCUUCUUCUUCCUUUACGGCCCAACUAAAUCAACAACUAUCGAGUGUAAAGGUCGAAGUCAUCAACACCGUCCGAAUAAGCCUUGAUCUAGUCGAGGAGCUUCGCGAGAAAGCCGAAGAGUUCCUUGUGUUUCAAAUGGAAGUCACGUACUUUAAAAGGAGCGUAUAUGAAAUCGGAAGCGAGGUAUUAAGUAAGGUCAAUAUCGCGGUCGAGUUAAGAAGCGCGGUACUCAAAGUGCUUCUUAGUUUAGCGUACGGCGAAGAUGUUCUCUACUUCGUCAGGUUUAAGAAUGACUUGCCCGAAGUAGUAGCUUACGAAAGGACGGAGGCGCUUUUGCAAGUAUUAAUUAUAGAUUUCGGUCUGACCGUUAGUCUUAAGGUGUGCGGCGGUGCUAAAGAUGUAGUAGAUAUAAAGCUUAGCGAAGCUUUUAGCAUCGAUAGACUUAUAACAAAGGAUCGAGAUUGCUUGCUUAAAGAAGCGGUCGAUUAUUACAAAAACGUUGUCGUAGCCGUCUAUACCGUGCUAGUAGUAUUGUGUUGCAAAGAGCUUAUAAGUUUUGCGAAAGCUAAGCUUCGCGAUCUUUUCGAUAAUAACGGCGGUCUCCGAAAGCUUGUAAUCGAAAAAGAGCUUUGCUUAGCGUGCUUGACGAGCGUUAAGAGUCUUGGAAGUCAUGAAGUAUUUUAA